AUGCUUGAGGACUUCUUCACCUUGACGGAGAUGAAUAAUGGGCUAACAGCCCCCAUUCAUGUCAGGGAACUCCUGGCUCUAAUGGAGAAAGAGAGAGACUAUAUUGCAAAGAAUGUUGGCGAUGCAACCAGACAAUGGUCCAUAGUUGCCAAGGCUAUAGCUACCACCGAGAAUAAGGACUGUCUUGAUCUUUUUGUUCAGUUAGAUGGACUCCAACUCAUGGAUAUAUGGUUAAAAGAUGCUCAGAAAUUCAGCAACGACACGAAUGACAGCUCUGUGGAAGAGUCUAUCACUCAUUUACUCGGAGCACUUGAAAAGCUGCAUGUAGACAACGUGAAAUUGGUUUCUUGUGGAAUCUGGACGACUGUUGAGAAUCUUCUUGGCCAUAAUAGUCCCAAGGUACAGCUUAGGGCCAAAACACUGUUUGACAGCUGGAAAAAAGAUGGAUACAAUGGUGCAUCUUCCCAGAAUGUUAAAAUAGUUGGGGAAUCAACUGAUGGUGAAAUUAGAGUAAGUGCAGAUAUCAAGGGAGAUUCUGGCCAUAAAGAAUCUUCUUUGGGAGAUGCUUCUUUAUCCAGAGAGAGUUCUGAUGAAGAAAAACAUCAAAAAUCAACCAGAGAUGACCCGUCGCCAUCUAGACGUUUUGAUGCCCUGCAAGCUAACAAGGUUGAAGAUGCCUUAGCUUCCGAAAUGCCUUUGGGCCAACCAACUUCGAGUGAUACACCUUUAGAUCGUGUCAUCUCACCUUCCUUCUCAAAAGCUGCUAAUGAAAAUAUUUCUGAUACGGUAGAUCCUCUAUGUAUUUCAAAAGGAUCUACCUCGACUGAAUCCUUUAGUUUUACAGUUCAAAGGCAAGAUAGGGGUGAUGGACGGACAGAUUUUCAGGAGUCGGAGUUUGCUUGUGAAAUAAAGCAACCCUCAAGCUUUAGUAGUUCUCCCGAUAAACUAGGCCCGAUUGAAGAAUCAAAACUAUUAGAAAAUGGAGCUUUUCCUUCACGUUCUGGUGCAGGAAUUGGGUUGAAUUCGGUGACUGAACCUAGUUUACAGAAACUUGCUGAUGCUUCAGACAGAGAUUCUUGCCAGAAAGGUUCCUCUUUUGACGACUUGAAGACAAUUGACUCUGGUGGGGGUACUGUGGAUGAUGGAGGAUGUGCAGAUGAACACAGAAUUAAAGAAGGCGGUAACUGUAAGUCUGAUGAUGAUGAGCGAAGUAGGGAAAAUAUUAAGGAUUCCAGAACAUUUUUAUCAAUGACCGAGGAUGCUGUAGGGGUAGACAAACCUGACCAGCAUGUUACUGGUCAAAGUGACGAUGAUCUGGCAAAUGAUUAUAAUUUUGUGAAACGUGAAAUGGAUAGAGAUACUGUCGAGAUUUACAAGAAGUCUGAUAUUGAACUGGAGUAUGGAAUUGUAGAUCCGCUGGAACUUGCACAGCAAGCUACCUUAGACAUGAAGAGAGAAGUAGAUUUCAGAGAACACAGUUUCAGUUCACGUGAGAAAGUGCAGGAAGAUGAAAUACAGCAACCAGAUAGCCCAGACACUGUAAGUAGAAAAGAAUCACAUGCCUGUGAGGGCCCACGUAAUGAGGAAACUGAGCCCGCUCAGUCCGCAGAAGCAUCACCUAUCCGAGAAGAGUCUGAGCUAGAUGCUGAUGAGAAAAAUGGAACACAAGAUAUGGAAACCUCUUUGAUAACUAAGGUGGCUCCAGAAGAAGUCAAUACAGAGAAAGGCUUGUGUAAUUUUGAUCUGAACCUAGAACUUUGUUCAGAAGAUACAUACAGUGCAAGAAAUCAAAAUUCCACGCCUGUGUCUGUUGUUUCUGCUUCAAGGGUAACAGCAUAUCCUGGAUUACCCGUUGCUCCAUUGCAAUUUGAGGGCACUCUUGGAUGGAAAGGUUCCGCUGCAACAAGUGCUUUCCAUCCAGCAUCGCCUCGCCACAUACAUGAAGGUGAUAAAGGAAAGAAACCACAAGGAUGUUUUGAAAUUGAUCUGAAUGUAGCUGAAAGUGAAGACGGCAAAGGAAACCUACUACCAGAUAGACGGGGUCCCAAAUAUUCAGCUCUUCCUUCCAGGGAAUCUUUGGCAGAAGCAAGUUCAAUCUCGGAACACCUUGAAUUGGAUCUUAAUCGUGCAAGUGCAGAUGGUGAUGUUCCAUCAGAUUGGCGGUCCAGUGGACAGCUCUUUCCCCUUAGGAAUGGCCAUCACAUUGAAUCUCAUUCUUCUUUGUCAUCAAAGCAGCCUUCUUUAAGGAAUUUUGAUCUGAAUGACCAGCCGGCUUUUCUCAACAAUUCAUUGGAUCAUUCCUAUUUUAGCAAGUCACCCAAUUAUUCGAAUACUUUCGGAGGUAUUAAAUUGCACGACUCUGUAAUAUCCAUCAUGGGCACAAAGGUGGAUGUCAAUCAUAAAGAUUUCAUUCCUGAAGCUCUUCCCUUGCUUGAUGGAAGGACUCCGGAGCUUGCAUUGGACAUUAAUUUGGGAAGAUCAGGGAGUGUUCCUAGAAGUGGAUCUGUACUUUAUGAUAUUCCUACUGUCUACAGUUACAAUGAUCAUGCUCCAAGGCCUCCUACGCCUUUCACAUCCAUGAUGUACGGGCCAGGUGUGCCCAUUCCAUACAUGGUGGAUUCUAGAGGACUUGUCCCUCAGAUUGUGGACCCUGCUUCAGCUCAACAGCCUGCUUUCUUAACCAUGGCAGGUUCAACUUCUUUAAAUGGAGGCGGGCCUUCACGAAAUAGUUUUGAUCUUAACUCUGGGUUGACGUUGGAGGGAGAGAGUCAUGAUCCUGCAGGCUUGAGACAGUUCUUCAGUUCAGGUCAAUCGAGCUCCAAUACUAGUUCAGUUGGCGAAAAACGUAAAGAACCAGAACCAGAGACCGGGUGUGAACAUAAUCCCCCCUUUAAGCACCAUACACCACCAUGGAAAUAG